AUGGCUGUUGCUGUCGCAUCUACUACCGGCCUUAUUGGCAUGUGGAAUGGGACUCGAGAUGGCAAAGAGGAAGGUUACGUUGACUGGGCUUCAGGCAAGACUAAUGUUAACAACCCCAAAGAAGUCAAAAUAGAGGUUCAAGAUAUCAGAACACUCAACCCUCAGCCUACUUUCGAGACUGACGGCUAUGGCCUUGUUACUCAUGAGUCUUCCUUGACCUCAGAGCAAUUCUUGGCAGGUGCUACCCCUGAAGGCAAAGCACUGAUUGAGGAUGUUUACUUCAAAGAGGUUGCUGAGUUAGUCAAGAAGGUCACGGGAUCGCAGGAUGUGCUCCCCUAUGUCUUCCGUAUUCGCCAGAACAACAUGCGUCCAGGUACUUUCUCAACCGAGAAGCUUUCGCACACGGCUCUCCCAGUCGCACACGUCGACCGGGACGACGUGACGGGUGAAAACGGUAUGCGGGAGCUGCUAAGCGACCGAGCAGAGGAGCUCCUCAGGAAGGGUGUCCGCUACGCCCAAGUCAACGUCUGGCGGACGAUCGGCGAGCCCAUCCAACGGUGGCCUCUGUGCUUCGUCAACCACAGAGACGUCCCCAACUGGACCUACGCCACACACAUGGCGCGAGUUUUCCCUGAAAACGACCCGCGGGUGGCGAUCCGUGGCGAGAAGAGCCAUGACAGCGUCCUCAAGCAUGACCCCAACUACAAGUACCACUAUGCCAGCGCCCUCGAUGUCAACGAGGCCCUGGUUUUCUCAUCUUUCGAUUCUGAUAUCAAGAAGGUUAUCCCACACGGAGCUUUCUGGGACGACUCGAGUCUAGAGGAUGCGCCUAUCAGGCGAUCGAUCGAGGUUCGCUGUUGGGUAGUCUUUGAGUAA